AUGUCCACUGCAAACGAGAUUGUGGAGUGUGACGACAACGACCUCUGUCCCAUUUGCAGACAACUACUUUAUCAUCCGGCAACAACCACCGCCUGUGGGCAUGCAGCUUGUCAUACUUGUCUCUUGACAUGGAUCGCGACAUCCAAAUCCGAGCCUCAGCCUCUCGACGGAUCCUUCCGCAUUUCUUCGGAGCCGGAGAUUGACGGCAUCUCCUUCGGAUGCCCGUUAUGCCGAACUGAGACCACAGUUGUUCUCGAUGAGGCUCGUUCAUCCCAGCUGGAGUCAACGUAUCCGAUCUUAUACCAGGAGCGAGCCAUGCAAAACACUGAGACCGACCAACUCAUGAUCAUCCAGCUUGGAAACACGCACAAAAAUGUCCCGCCCUCGAUCUCGCCUUACUCGGGAAUGACACGUACUCAUCACUGGACUUUUUUUCUGAAGAGCUCGCACACAGACCUGAUUGACUCUGUCGACCUCAUACUACACGAGACUUUCCGGAACCACCGUUUUGUCACACUGCGGGAACCACCAUUCACAAAGUCGUCGCUAGGCUGGGGAUACUUUCGCUUCACUGCUUACAUCACCCUUCACGAUGGAUGGGAAUGGGUGUCGCCUGAUGCAAUGAACAGCGCGUCUAGGCCCAGAGGACGCAAGAACAGGCUGCCGGUAGAAUGGAUUUUGGAGUUUGGUGGAAGUGGAAGCCAGUCAUUAACUACGGUACCGAUCCGGAGGUCCGAUGCCUUGGACGAGACCCUUACCUCGCUCCGCCGUCUCUUCGCCACAGAUUGA